CCUCUUUGAGUGGAACAUUGUCCGGACCACUUGAAUAAUAAUAAAAACCAACUAGCACCAAAUCUCCCAACUUCACUGGAUAACCAGCAUGCGCUUCCGCACCAAUCACUACAUCAUCCAUGCCAUGUUCUUCGGUCUCUGUGCGGCAAUGGAUGAUGCACUGAACCAAUCUUAUUUAGCAAAUCAUGAGUGGGAAACGAUUCCCCCUAUGUGGAAUGACAUGGCUUCUUCUGGGACGCCGGUUGGAUCCCUUCAUCAUAUCAACGAUGUAUCUGCUGCCUCUUCCCUCUCACACAGGCAAGAGAUACAUCACGAAAAUGUCGUAUCUGGUCAACAUUAUCCACUUGAUUCUUCUGGAAUGGCCGUGGGCUCCAGAAAUAACGUGCCUGAUUUUCUUUCCGAAUUCGACUCGGAAAACCAUGGGGUUGGCGGUUUUCAGAUGAGGGGUCGACCGGAUCACACAAUCCAUCAGUCCAUCUCUCAAGCAAAAGGAACUCCAUUCGUUCACUCAGGAAUCAACUCAGUUUCCGGGGCCGCUUUGUCGGGGAUUCGUAAGAGGAAGGGGCGUGGCUCAGAAACCGCAUUAUUAUCGCCUACUACUACUUCAAUCCAAUUAGAGUCUAUCCAGGGGCCUGCAACGGACGGCUCUUCGGUGAAAACCCUCUCCAGGGUCCAUUUCAGGAAAAAAGAAGGGAAACGAAGGGGUUCGGCAAGGCAAAGCCCUCUCGUAGACCUAACGGCCAUCUCCGAUGAAGAAAAACAUGGCAGUAUCAACAACAGGAUAAAAACUACUGCAUCAAGCAAGUUUCUUUUGAACUCACUGGCUAACCGCGCACACUCGCUAUUUGUAUCCAGCGCAAUUAGGGAUAUCCUUCAGCGUCGUUAGCGAUACGAACUCCCCCUGGCUCCUGGUCAAGAAGGAUAUCUUCAAAGAUAGGCGGGAAUCAGAGAUGUCUAUGCAGGAAUUUAAGAUUUUAUU